AUGUCGCCUGAUCGGUAUGACCGCGGAUCGUCGCGGCGAGGGGUCUGGAGCCACUGGGUGCCCCUUGCCAUCACCAUCACGGUUGCCACCGCCGGCUUGGCCGCCUGGGUCUGGAGCCAGCGCGAAGCCGAGGACGAAGACGCAGACGCGGACGGGCACGCAGACGGGCACGGUGCCCUCGACCAUGAGCCGGGGCUGGACUACGAAAACGCCGACUACGGGGACAACCCGCCGUACGGCGCCAGCGAGCGCCAUGAUGCAAGCGGCCCGGAGCAGCCGCCGCGACCGCACCCCCAGCAGGGAGGCGAUGCGGCGUCGGCGUCUCGCGGAGCAGCCGCGGCUGCCGGCGACGCGUCCGCGCCAGGCUGGGGCGCCCGCGUGUCUGGCGCCCUGAGAAGGACCCCGAGCCCCCAGCAGUUCCUCGACUCGACGGGCAGGACGGUCGCCGCCGGGGUGGCGGCUGCCGGGGCCGUCAUGGGCAAGGCCCUGGCCUCGAUCCGCGAAGAAGACGGGGCCUACGCCGACAAUCCGUGGUCUGAAGAGGCCGACGCCAAGAAGGACCGCGUCCCGGCCCCGGGGGACACCAGACGCAAGACUGUUGCCAUUGUCGUGUCAGCAGACGCCAGAAUACCAUCUGUCGACGACGACGGCACACACGAGCUUGCGUCCAUCCUGUCUCAUAUCCCCCGCCACAACGACUUCUCCAAGAUCAAGCUGUACAUUCUGAUUUACGCUCCGCAUCUGAAGGACUCCGCACUGGCCGGUACUUCUAGUAACCAGCCGCCGCCACCUUCGUUGAGCUCGUCGUUUUCUAACAUUGGCCAUGAUCAAGCCCAAAGCCCCCGGGAGGAGACCAAGAGCCCCCUGAUCCCCCCCACGAACCCUGCCUACAGCGCAAUCUACUCGGAGGCGCUGACGCUCGUGGACAAGGAGGCGACGAUUCUGCCCUUCACCACGCCAAACGGCCACGUCCACAUCCUCCGCCACAUACAGCCCGAGGUCGUGUACUUGCAGGAAUCCCUGAGCGGGGACAACGGCAGCAUCGUCGCCACCCUCCAGACGUGGAUGCGACAUGAUGUCAUUCUCGUGGUCGGUGCGGAGCGAGCCUCUGGCGGGCUGGCGGACAGCGAGUCGGAAGCGGAAAAGACCGGCCGGCCCGAGAAGUGGUGGCAGCAUCCCGAGCGGGUCGGCCGCGGCCGCGGAGUCGUGGUGGUGGACGGCAUGCGGGUGCACGACGACUGGGUUCGACGAGUGCAAGGACAGGAGUGA